AAUAGCAAAAUCAAAGGAGUGAUGAGAAAAGAAAGAUUUGAAUUUGGUAUAGUUUGGAAGGGUCAUUAUGGUCCAAUGAGCAAAGUUUAAGAGAGGGGCCCACAGAAGAAGGGAUAGCGGUGGAAUUUCAUGAAAAGAUUUUGAAUUCAAAGAAACAGAGCGCUGCUCAGUGCUGAAUCCCCAGAAAAGGAAGGGAAAAAAAAAUCCCCAAAUCAAAUACAAAAUCGGACAGCACCACACCACACAACAAAAUCCCUAAUCCCUCUCCUCGAGAAUCAUAGUUUCUUUCUUCCAUCUCCACGCCAUGAAAGCAACCCCAGAAACUCAAAGGUUUGUUUUCGGCAAAAAUUUGAGUCCAAUGCUUCGGCGGGAAUUUGCUAAUCUUGAUAAAGAUGCUGAUAGUCGCAGAUCUGCGAUGAAGGCACUGAGGACUUAUGUGAAGGAAUUGGACUCCAAGGCCAUCCCGGGUUUUCUUGCUCAAGUUUCUGAGACCAGAGAAACUGGUGCAUUGACUGGGGAGUGCACGAUUUCUCUCUACGAAGUUCUCGCCCGUGUUCAUGGCGUCAACAUCGUGCCGCAGAUCGACAGGAUUAUGACUUCCAUAAUCAAGACUUUGGCUUCAAGUGCUGGGUCGUUCCCUCUUCAACAGGCAUGCUCUAAGGUUGUUCCGGCGAUUGCGAGAUAUGGGAUCGAUCCUACCACUCCUGAUGAUAAGAAGAAGCAUGUUAUUCACUCUCUGUGUAAUCCUCUUUGUGAAUCUUUGUUGAGUUCUCAAGAGAGCCUCACUUCUGGGGCUGCCCUCUGCUUGAAGGCUCUGGUGGAUUCAGAUAACUGGCGGUUCGCUUCCGAUGAGAUGAUUAACAAGGUUUGCCAGAAUGUUGCUGGAGCUCUGGAGGAGAAGUCCACGCAAACUAAUUCACACAUGGGGCUUGUUACGACAUUAGCAAAGCGAAAUCCUCGGAUUGUCGAACCAUAUGCUAGAUUGUUACUACAGGCCGGGCUGCGAAUAUUGAAGGUCGGGGUAGUAGAGAAGAAUUCUCAGAAGAGAUUGUCUGCCAUUCAAAUGAUUAAUUUCUUGAUGAAGUGUCUGGAUCCUUGGAGCAUAUUGUCGGAACUUCAGACUAUAAUUGAGGAGAUGGAGAAUUGCCAGUCCGAUCAAAUGGCUUAUGUCAAAGGUGCAGCCUUUGAAACUCUGCAAACUGCGAAGAGAAUAGCUGCGGAUAAAGGGUCGAAAAUGGACAAGUCUCCGAGCUCGGUCACUGGAUCAAAUUUCAUUGAUCACAGGCGGAGAAGUCCAUGGCGGAAUGGUGGAAGCCGCACUCCGUCAUCUGAGUCUCAAGAAUCCCAGACCCUUGAUUCAUUUUUUGAUUAUGGUUCACUAGUUGGAUCACCCAUUUCACCAAGACAAGCCUCUCGUAAUUCUGGUUUUGAUUGUAGGAGUGUGAAUCGUAAGCUUUGGAGUUAUGAGAAUGGUGGGGUUGAUAUUUCCCUCAAAGAUGGCUUGUCUUUGUUCUCAGGAAUCACUCGUGGAAACGACGUCUCCGACACCAUGUCUUUGAUCUCUGAAAGUCAUAUAUUUGGCCAAAAUGGCGAAGAAUAUGCAGAUGAUUUUGCAGGGUUUCUUCAAAUAAGUCCUCCUAGACGCAGAGUAUCAAAAAGCACUACAACCAGUCCCCUUAGGUCGCGCAGUUACAUAAAUGUCGAAGAUAUGAUCUUCAAAACUCCUCGGAAGCUUGUCCAUUCUCUUCAAGAUCUAAACGAGGCGAACUCGGACCAUGCUAGCAAAAGUUUCAGACGUGCCUACAGGAGCCUAUCAUCAGGCAAUUUGGAGUGGAGUCCAAGAUCAUCUUUCCAUAACCAAAAUGGGUUCCCAGACGAUCAGAAACUCAGCAAAGAGGAUGUAGGCGGCCUAGACAUCAAUGGUGAACAAUCACAAGGCGGUUCGGAAUCUGUCUCUUCUACCGAUGGCAUUCCAGCCCACACCGACAUCCAAGCUACACCAGUGGAGGUGGCUUAUCAAAGCAACAUGAAAACUCAAUGUUCUGGAAUUGAUAUGGCAUACAAGAAGACUGCUUUGAAACUGGUCUGUGGCUUCUCAUUUUUGCUUUUCACAGUGUUCACUUCAUUCCUGUUGAUUAAUGAUCAGGACCAAGGCUCCUAUCUUGUGCCAACCUAAUAUUCUCCUUCUACUGCCUCACCUGUCUGAAAUAGGCUUAAACUGACUGUUGUAAGCUAUGAUGAGUGAGUUCAAUGUAGAAGAAGGAAAUAUAGAGCUUACUCAGAAAAAGAAAGCAAAUCCUAUUAGAUAGUUUUGGAAAAUGACUCGAUGUAGCACAUUUCAGUGUGGUCAAUGAAUCUCUUGACUGUCAAAGUUUCUA